AUGGGCCUGAUUCGGAUUGGCGAAUCCAGCCUCAGUCUUGGACUCUUGACUCUCGCAGGCCAGGCCUCCAGCGAAAAAGCUGAAUUGGUAGCUACUGUGAGAACACGCAAUCCCUCUGGCUACCAGGUACCUAGGUACGGAGUCAAAGCCGCUGGAAAUCGCCCCAAGCUCGCCGCGCCAGCCAUUGGCCACCGCCCCAACUUUUGGGCCAAAAAGGCCUACAAGACGCCUGCACCAAGACCCUGGCCCGCUCCUGGUCGGCCACCUCAGCUCAAUCGCCCGCCUGCACCGCCAUCUCGCAAUCUCUCCGUCAACAAACUGACAACAUCCAGAGAUAGCCCAUCCACAGACAUGUCGACUACCGCUACUGGCACCGACGCCAUGGUCACCGUCAAGGUGACCUUCGAUGGUACUACUCGCCGAGUCAAGAUGUCUCUGCGUGAGAUGAUUCCCACAGUUCUUGAGGAGCAUAUCCGAACCUUCCUGCAGAUUCCUGCCGACCGCAAGGCCAUGGUUGAGAGAUACUCCGACUCGGCCGCCUCGUUUGUUCUCCUCGACUCUUCAAACCUCCCAGUAUACAAGCAACUCUACCGCGCUGCCAAGGCUAAAUCCAAGCUCAAGCUGCGUGUCACAGUGCUUGAAGAACCCAAGCCUACUCCCGAGCCCGUUACCGUCGAGCAAAGCACAGAACCCGUUCCUGCAACCAAGCCAGAACCCCAGCAGCCUACCUCGCCAUCUCAGAUCAGUCUGCCUCUGCGCACCUCCGGUCCCAGCAUGUCCAAGCAGUACGACCCCGUUCUGCUUGCCAAGGCUGCCGACCUGGUCGCCGAUCGUGAGGAACUCCGCAAAGACUUUGAGAGCCGUCUGAGCUGCCUCAUGAGCCGCCAGUCACUUAACCCCAGCGUCCUGGAUGCCUCCAUCACACCUCAAGAUCAGCCCGCGACCGCCAUCUAUGCUGUUUGCUGCAAUAUCUGCGACCGUAGCAUCCCCGAUGCCCACUACCACUGCUCCACUUGCGAUGAUGGCGACUUCGACCUCUGCCAGUCCUGCAUCGACCUGGGCAUAACCUGCCAGAGCGAUAACCACUGGCUAAUCAAGCGCUCCAUUGUCGAUGGUGUCAUUGUGAAGAGCAGUACCGAGAAGAUUUCCCCCAAGCCAAAGCCCCAGGCCGUCAAGGAAGAGCCCGAGAUCACACCCGUGUCGUUUGUCAACUGCGUUCUUCCGCCUUCACCACUAGCUGCGUUUCCGCCGCCAGCUAUUCCGGCAACCCCAACCUGGGCGCCUUUUGGACCUAUGCGUACCUGCAACACCUGCCUCACUGAACUCCCCGAUGCCCAGUUUCUCCACUGUCAGAAAUGUGAUGACUUUGACCUUUGUCAAUCUUGCUUCUCGGCAAACUCUCAUGGCCACCACCCCAUGCAUGCCUUUGGUCCGGCCGUUCCGGGCACUGUGAUGCCUGACCACAUCAAUAUCAAGAUGGCUCCUGGCAGAAAUCGCAUGCACAUGGCCAUUUGUGACGGCUGCGACAAAAACAUCAGCGGGGUUCGCCACAAGUGUCUCGACUGCCCCGACUGGGACUACUGCAGUGAGUGCGUUGAAAGUGCCAGCUUUGUUCACCCCAACCACCGCUUUGCUCCUCUGUUCGAGCCUCUCAAGCAGACUCACUCUUGCUCUGCCGUGGAGUCUAUGCACGUAGGCAUAUGCUGCGACGGCCCCUUAUGCAAGACUUCUGGAGCGUGGCCCGCUUACAUCAGGGGCACGCGCUACAAGUGCGCCAUCUGCCCUGACCUCGACUUCUGUGCCAACUGUGAGGCCAGCCCGGCCAACGAUCACAACCAGACGCACCCCCUCAUCAAGUUCAAGACUCCCGUCCGCCAUGUUAGUGUUACCACUUCUGGGGAGCAUCAAGAUGGCAGACAACUACUCGCUAUGGGUGACCGUUUCGAGGCUCACUCGCAACCUUCUUCCAGCACCAACUCUGUCAACGCCGUGCAAACCGUGGUCGACGUGAAACCCGAGGAACCUGAAGAGAUCAUGGUCAAGCCCGAGAUGAAGGAGGAAGAGCCCCUUGUGCAGCUCGAGGACAUCCCUCAGGCCAAGGAGGAGGCCCGCGAGACUAACCAUGAAGAGGAGCUCAAGGCAUGCUUCGUUGGCGAGAGCGUGGCUGAUGGCACUAUCUAUGGACUCAACCACGUAUUUGAGCAGACCUGGACCCUCCGCAACGACGGAAACGUCCCUUGGCCUGCUGGCUGUGUCGUCAAGUUCUCCGGUGGCGACUACAUGGGCCACGUCGACUCGACUCACCCCGCUGGUAUCUCUGACCUUGUGUCGGCCUCUCAGUCCACCGUGUGCUACUCGCAGCUCGCUCCUGGUCAAGAGUUCCAGUUCACCGUGCUCCUACGCACUCCCACGCGUGCUGGAAAGUUCAUCUCGUACUGGCGUCUAUGCACUGACGAAGGCUACCGAUUCGGCGAGCGCCUUUGGUGUGAGGUUCAGGCUCGAUCUGUCAAGGCCGCUCCCCCCACUCCUGUCCUCGAGGAGGAGGAGACAGCGCCGGAACAGGCUGACGAGUCCCAAGCCAGCAGCACCAUGAUUUUCCCCAAGCUCGAGGCGGAGUCCCCCACGGUUAGCGUGCACGAGGAGAAGAAGCUUACACUCACUUCUCGCGUCGCCUCGUCGAUUCCCAGUCCCGUCGCUAGCCCGACUACCAAGUCUUACCUCGAGUGGGACGGCUCUGAUGAUGGUUUCAUGACAGAUGAGGAGUAUGAUAUUCUCGACGCCUCGGAUGAAGAGUUUCUUGAGGAGCAGCACAAGAAGAUGAUGCAGGAGUAA